AUGCCAGUUGAAGACUUUCUUUCUAUUUUUAAUGAAGAUAUUAUCUAUAAAGUUCUUAGAGAUAACCAAGUUAUUGAACAGCUUAUAGAAACAUUUAAGCAUAUCAAUUUAACUUACAAUAAUUCAGAGAAAGAUAAUA